UUAAAUAAUUCAAACUUCAAAUAAUCACCCACCGUCUAUCUCUUCUCUCUCUCACACUGUCUCACACACACACAACACGAACAGAGAUGACGGAGAGUAGAAAUCACGUGUCCAGCAGCUUGGAGCCGUGGCUUGAGCUGAGAAACAAAGUCGUGAUGGUGACCGGCGCGUCAUCCGGACUGGGCCGCGACUUCUGCUUGGACUUAGCCAAAGCCGGCUGCAGGAUCAUAGCCGCCGCUCGGCGAAUCGACCGCUUGCAAUCACUCUGCGACGAGAUUAACAACGGCGCCGCAGGCUCAACGAGGUCCAACGAGCCGAGCCGAGUUCAACCCAGAGCAGUGGCUGUUGAGCUUGACGUCAGCGCCGGUGGAGCCACAAUUGAGGCUUCUGUGCAGAAAGCUUGGGACGCCUUUGGAAGAAUCGAUGCUUUGAUCAACAAUGCUGGCGUCAGAGGCAGUGUGCAUACACCGUUGAAUUUGAGGGAAGAUGAGUGGAACGAGAUUGUUAGGACAAACCAGACUGGCGCCUGGUUGGUCUCGAAAUACGUCUGCAGUCAUAUGCGUGAUGCGAAGCAAGGUGGCUCUGUCGUAAAUAUAUCCUCGAUUGCAGGUCUUAAUCGUGGGCAACUACCUGGAAGUCUCGCUUAUGCUGCUUCAAAGACUGCCGUUAAUACCAUGACAAAGAUGAUGGCGAUCGAAUUAGGGGUGUACGGAAUAAGAGUGAACUCUAUAUCCCCGGGGCUUUUUAAAUCGGAGAUAACAGAGAAUCUCAUGGAAAAAGAUUGGCUCAAAAAUGUUGCCACGAAGACAGUCCCUUUAAGAACGUACGGUGAAUCAGAUCCAGCAUUGACAUCACUUGUGCGUUAUUUGAUCCAUGAAUCUUCCGAAUAUGUGUCUGGAAAUGUUUAUGUUGUCGAAGCUGGAGCUACUUUACCUGGUGUUCCGAUUUUCUCCUCUCUUUAGAUACCGUAUUUUUGAGAUAUAUACUCUGUUCUUGAAUUGUUGUUGUGUGUGUUAGUAAAUGGUAAAAGAUAUAUUAAGUACAACACUAUAGUGUAAUAAUUUGUUUCAGAAUUUACAUCUUCCUGUAAAAUCUAUUCAUGUAAAUCGGAGUUGUAUAAGUAGUCUUGGCUUAUUAGAGCCAAGAUUAUGAAUUUCUAAUCCCACCCCAACCUUCCAUUUGAAAUAUAUUAUCUGAAUUUUUAAAUAAAAAAA